UUUAAAAAUACUUGAUUAUUAUGAAUUGUUGUCAAUGUUAACUAUGGAUUUCAACUAACAAUACUUACAAAUGCUAUACAGGGACUGCCAACUGCUAUGUUAUUAUGUAAACCUUAUUUCUUGAAGUUGUUGGUAUUAUUCAGUGCCAAUGUGUCUGUGUGUUUGUAUGUGAUGGAAGGGAAACAAUGCUGCUGGGUGACUGAUAUGGUUGGAGUGCAUCUUUUUAUGUAAUCAAAGAAUUUGUCUCAUUCUCUCCUCUAUUGCAGUUUUACAUCCUUGUGUGUCUCUCUGUUUUGUGAAGAUGACGAAAAUGAUUGCAUGUUUCCUUCUGCUGUUUGCACACACUCUGCUUUCCACUGUUAUGGCAAAAGAUCUCCCAGGAAGACAUUUCACCCGAAGAAGGGAUGUUAACACACAGUCUCUGCUGGAAAACACUUGCAACAACAAACAUCUGGACCUUGUUUUCAUCAUUGACAGCUCUCGCAGUGUGAGCCAUUAUGACUUUGAAAAAGUGAAGGAGUUCAUUUUGACCAUCUUGCAGUUUCUGGACAUCAGCCCUGACGCCACGCGCGUGGGUCUGAUUCAGUACGGCAGCACGGUCAAACAGGAGUUUUCACUGAAGACCUUCAGGCGGAAGCAGGAUAUCGAAAGAGCAGUGAAGAGGAUGAUGCACCUGGCCACCGGCACCAUGACUGGACUGGCUCUGCAGUAUGCUGUGAACAUCGCAUUUACAGAGACAGAGGGGGCUCGACCUCUGAGGCAGAAUGUGCCCCGAAUUAUCAUGAUAGUGACAGAUGGGAGGCCUCAGGAUCCUGUGGCAGAGAUUGCUGCUAAAGCACGUAACUCAGGAAUCCUAAUUUUUGCUAUUGGAGUAGGAAGAGUGGAUAUGAACACCCUGAAGUCCAUUGGCAGUGAACCACAUGAAGAACAUGUGUUUCUGGUUGCUAACUUCAGUCAGAUUGAAACACUGACCUCUGCCUUCCAGACUAAACUUUGUGUGCCUCAUAUGUGCAGUAUAGUUGAGCAUCACUGUGAUCACUUCUGCAUAAACACACCUGGCUCCUACCUGUGCAGAUGUAAACAAGGAUACAUUCUGAAUGCUGACCAGAAGACUUGCAGCACUCAGGACCUUUGUGCUGUGGAGAAGCAUGCCUGUGAGCAGAUUUGUGUGAACACACCUGGGUCCUUUGUCUGUCAGUGUUAUGAAGGAUAUGAGCUUGAUGCAGAUGGAAAGAGUUGUGUUGUUGUAGACUACUGUGCUUUGGAUAACCAUGGUUGCCAACAUGAAUGUGUUAACACAGAGGACUCCUAUUAUUGUAGAUGCCACCCAGGGUUCAUUUUAAAUCCAGACAAAAGAACUUGUGGAAGAAUCAACUUCUGUGCUUUAGGUCAGCACGACUGUGAACUUGAAUGUGUUAACAUGGAAGAGUCGUUUGUGUGCAAAUGUCAUCCCAGAUACACCCAAGAGCACCAUGGUGAUACGUGCAGCAAUGAGUGAGUGGACCACUGUGCUGAAAGCAAUCAUGGCUGCGAGCAACUGUGCCUAAAUACAGGUGACUCCUAUGUCUGUCAGUGCUCUGAAGGAUUUGUCAUCAAUGAGGACCUAAAAACCUGCACACGAGUUGACCAUUGUGCUCUAAGUGAUCAUGGCUGUGAACAUUUGUGUGUAAAUGGUGACAGAUCUUAUACUUGUCAGUGUUUUGAAGGAUACAGGCUUCGUAACGAUGGGAAAACAUGUAAACGUAAAAAUAUCUGCAAGUCAGUCAACCAUGGCUGUGAGCACGUUUGUGUUAAUGCUGACAAUUCCUACAUCUGCAAGUGUCGUGAGGGAUUCAUACUGAGAGAAGAUGGCAAGACCUGCAGAAGACAGGACAUCUGCAAAUCAGUCAGCCAUGGCUGUGAGCAUAUUUGUGUUAAUGAAGGUGACUCCUAUGUUUGCAAGUGUCAUGAGGGUUUUCUGCUGAGAGAAGAUGGGAAAACAUGCAGAAAUAAAGAUGUUUGCAGUUCAGUUCACCAUGGCUGUGAACAUGUUUGUGUUAAUGCUGAUGAGUCCUACAUCUGCCAGUGUUAUGAGGGAUUUGCACUAAGGGAAGAUGGAAGAACAUGUAGAAAUAAGGAUGUUUGCAAUUCUGUUGACCAUGGCUGUGAGCAUAUUUGUGUGAAUACUGACAGUUCAUACCUUUGCCAGUGCUAUGAGGGUUUUGUAUUGAGGGACGAUAAGAAAACAUGUAAAAAUAAAGACAUCUGCAAAUCAGUCAGUCAUGGCUGUGAACAUCUUUGUGUUAAUAAUGAUGAUUCAUACACUUGCCAAUGCCAUGAUGGAUUUGUACUAAGGCAAGAUGGGAAAACAUGUCGAAGCAAGGAUAUUUGCAAAUCAGUCAACCAUGGCUGUGAACAUGUGUGUGCUAGUGCUGGUGAUUCAUUUGUUUGUAAGUGCCAGGAGGGAUUCCUGCUAAGAGAAGAUGGAAAAACUUGCAGAAAUGCAGAUCUUUGCAAAUCAGUCAACCAUGGCUGUGAACAUGUUUGUGUUAAUUCUGGUGAUUCAUAUACCUGCAAAUGCCAUGAUGGGUUCCAACUGAGAGAAGAUGGGAAAACAUGCAGAAACCAGGAUGUUUGCAACUCAGUUGACCAUGGCUGUGAACAAGUUUGUGUGAAUACUGAAGAUUCCUACAUCUGCCAGUGUCAUGAAAAAUUCAUACUGAAGGAAGAUGGAAAAACAUGUAGAUAUAAAGAUGUUUGCAACUCAGUUGACCAUGGCUGUGAACAUAUUUGUGUUAAUACUGAUGAUUCCUAUGUCUGCAAGUGUCAUGAAGACUUCAUGCUGAGCGAAGAUGGAAAAUCUUGCAGGAAUAAAGACCUGUGUAAAUCCAUUGACCAUGGCUGUGAACAUGUGUGCAUUAAUAAUAACAACUCAUACAGCUGUCAGUGCCAUGAGGGCUUUGUCCUGCGACAAGAUGGGAAAACAUGUCGAAGUAAAGAUGUCUGUAAAUCAGUUGAUCAUGGUUGUGAAUAUGCUUGUGUUAAUAAUGAUGAUUCCUAUAUCUGCAAAUGCCAGGAGGGAUAUGUACUAAAAGAGGAUCAGAAAACAUGCAGAAGAUGCACUGAAGGCCCAAUUGACCUGGUGUUUGUGAUUGAUGGAUCAAAAAGUCUUGGAGAAGAUAAUUUUGAAAUUGUAAAACAGUUUGUCUCAGGAAUCUUGGAUACACUUGAGAUUUCACCCAAAGCUGCUCGAGUUGGUUUGCUUCAGUAUUCCACUGAGGUUCGUACAGAGUUUACAUUAAGGCAGUUCAGCUCAGCCAAAGACAUGAAGAAAGCUGUGUCACAAAUGAAAUACAUGGGCCGAGGUUCCAUGACAGGACUGGCACUGAGGCAAAUGUCUGAGAGGAGCUUCACAGAGACAGAAGGAGCAAGACCACCUUCAGCAAAUGUCCCUCGAAUCGCCAUUGUGUUUACAGAUGGACGGGCCCAGGAUGAAGUGUCUGAGUGGGCUACCAGGGCAAAGCAACGUGGUAUAAUCAUCUAUGCCAUUGGAAUAGGAAAAGCAAUUGAGGAAGAACUGCUGGAAAUUGCUUCUGAGCCAUCAUAUAAACAUCUCUUCUAUGCUGAGGAUUUCACAGCUCUGGAAGACAUAAGUGAAGAGCUAAGAGCCCAAAUCUGUGAAGCCUUGAAAGAGUCACAUCACCAGCAGGAUGCAUCAUCUGGGAGGCUUCAUAAGACUGGUCCACAGCCUUCAGGACCUGAAUCAACCACAAUAACCAUCACAGAUGUCAUUGACUGUCCACAUCUUGCAGUACACCACAAGUAUCUUUUUGAAGACAGUCACGUUCACUCAACAACAGCAAAAGCCUCAAAAGAUAAUGACCAGUGCAAAUGUGAAAACCUUGUAACAUUCCAGAACUAUGCAACCAGUCAAGUAAGAAAACUCACCCAGCGAUUGGAAGAAAUGACGAAGAGAAUGGAAGACUUGGAAAACAGGCUAAAAUACUGAUCAGAAUUUUAAGUGUACACUACACUGUAUAUUUAUACAUUCAAACUUGUCAGAGCUAUUUUCUUAAACUGGUUCAAAGUAAAAUAACAUCUUUGUGCCUGAAGUGGAAAAGACUCUUUUGGAUCCUUGCAUUUAUAUGCCAUGUGUUGUCUUGCAUUGAUUGCAGAUAAGAAAUGUUGAAUAUUUUAUAUAAACAAUUUAGUAACUAGCAAAAGUUCUAAUUAAGCAGAACAACUGAAAUAAGCUAUGCAAAAUAAUAAAAUGGUGUUAUUUUUUGAAAUGAAACCUCCAUGUUUUGAAGUAUUUUUAGGGUAUGAAUUUACUUAGCUUGCUUUUAUGUAUUUCACUCCUCCACUCUUAGUAUUUUAAGCACACAGUCUGUCUAUGUGUAUGUGUAUAUAUAUAUAUAGUUCUAUGUAUACAGACAGAUAUAGAACAAGUGGGACCAUUUUAUAACAGAAGUAGUUGCAGCAGGACUUAAGUGAUCUCAGACAAGCCAAUGAGUGUGCACAGAUACACAAUAUCAAGCUUUGAAAAGUACCCUGUGCUUUAGCAGUUUCAAAUUCUUCAAGGUUACAGUACAUUCUGAUUUUCAUUAAGUGUUUGCUUUUACCAUGUCAGAAAAUCAUUGGUACCUCAAUUAACAAUCCCUAAUAAG